AUGCUGGCCAUCGAGCAUGACAUGCUCACGACAGUCUCCAUUGCAUUCUCCCUCUUAUUCCUCAUAUAUUUCACCAUCCACUCUCUUUGCGAUCUCUGGUGUCUCCGCCGUUCAAGGAGUCACCACAUUCGCCGUACAAUGUUUUUCUUCGCCGCCACCGAUCCUUCUCCUGCUUCUUGUGGCCUCGAUCCCGCCGUCUUGAAAUCUCUCCCCGUUUUCACUUUCUCCGACGCGACGCACAAGGAUCCGAUCGAAUGCGCCGUUUGUCUCUCCGAGUUCGAGGAGGGCGAGACGGGUCGGGUUUUGCCCGGUUGCAAACACGCUUUUCACGUUGAGUGUAUCGAUAUGUGGUUUCAUUCUCAUUCGACUUGUCCUCUUUGUCGCUCUCUCGUCGAGAUUGUGACGAUGGUGGAGGAGGAGGAGGAGGAGCAAAUCGUGAUUGCGAUUUCUCAUGAACCGGUCUCUGCAACUGAACCGGACUCGACCUCACGGUCUGGAUCUUCUUUUGCUGGAGCUCCAUCUCAGUCGCGGUCGUCAAGCUGCCAGAUAAUGAUGAACGAGUCGGAUAUUGAGCGGGGAAGAGAAGAGAUUAAAUGA